CGGGACAUAACGGUACCAAUGAGGUGUUCAGGGCUCUGCCGUACAUGGUUAUCGGAUAAAAAAAGGACAGAAGAAAGUUUACAGCUCAUGAAACUCUCAGAAUGAAUGGGACAGCUUACUCCAACUUUGACAAUCAAGAACAUGUCUUGAAAUUAGGAGAGACGUUUGAGAAACACCCUAAAAGUGGCUACCAUACGGUGCGAUAUGACUUCAAGCCGGCUUCCAUUGAUACAGCAUGCGAAGGGGAGCUGGAAGUGGGAAAAGGAGAGCAAGUCACUAUUACUUUACCCAAUUUAGAGGGUUCCAGUGCUCCAGUAACAGUCUUCAAGGGCUCCAAGAGGCCGUACAUGAAGGAGUGCAUCCUCAUCGUGAAUCAUGACACAGGAGAGUACAGACUGGAAAAGCUCAACAGCAAUAUAGCUGUGAAGAAGACCAGGGCUGAGGGCAGCAGUAAGAUCCAAACUCGCAUGGAGCAACAGACCAGUCGCCUGAGCCAGCAGGUGAAGGGCAACGGCUGCAGCAGCAGCAGCUGCAGCAAGACCUCAGCCAGCUCCAAGAGUUCUCCUCCCAAAGAGAAGACAUCCCCGGCAUCUCCCAUGGACGACAUCGAGAGAGAGUUGAUGGCAGAGGCACGUGUGAUGGACCAGCUGAGCAGCGGCGACAGCUCCUCGGACUCCAACAGCUCCUCGUCCUCCAGCAGUGGCGACAGCUCCAGCAACAGUGACUCAGAAGACGAAAGGACUUCUGCGCCACCCCCGGCCCCGGCCAACCACAGCAUGCCUAUCAUCACCACGAGCACCAGUGCCAGCGCCAACACCAGCACCAAUACCAGCAGUCGCAGCCAGGAGAGUGGAGGAGGACUCAUGAACACACUCAAGAGUGACCUCCAGCUGAGUGAGUCAGGCAGUGAAAGUGACUGAACGUGAGGACGCGUGUGGACAUCAGGAGGAGAUUCAGUGAGGAGUGAAGGACAGACCUACGUCAGUGUCUUGCUUCCUUUUUAAUGUGGGACUCUCUUCUCUACAUAUCCACAUUUCUGCUAGCAAAUAUCAUUUGUUGCUUCUCCGCCACAUUUAUUGCUUCAUGAUCUUUAUUUUUUUGUGCGAAAACUGUAUGUUUAAAAAGAAAGAUGCCUUAUUACAGAGUGACGUGGUUGGUGUAAGAGAAGCGGUAGAUUCUAACAGACUAUCUGCAAUGUCUCAUCUCACUGGAUGCACAUCUGUGGUUAAACUGAGCAAGCAUAUCAGAGGCAGAAUGACAUGAGGUGUUCAUGUAGUGUAGAGCUCUUCUGCCCACCAAUCAGUCGUCUUAAACCACCAGUAAGUUUCAGCUUUAGCAAUAUUAGGAACUUUAGUUGUGCCUUAGGUCAGAUGUUAAUAUCUUCAGUUCAGCUGCUUUAGUUUCUGGAGACAUUAAGAAGCCACACAGGCGCUCAGAGAACAUAGACCUCCGCAAAGGCAAAAAUGUAAAAUUAGGCCAGUAGUUAUUCUUUUGGGAUGAGCCACACUGAUACGAGUGUUCUACUUUUGUCUUAGAGUUAUUGUGAAGUUAGCUGUAGAGCCUUUUGCUUUGGAUUACUCAAACCCAGCUGCAGGACAACAUAUUUUCAUUUAGAGCUGCAAAACUUUGGCAUUGAUGUUUUAUCUCCUUGGAAAGCUUUGCAAAAUUGUAAUUUCUUAUCUACACAAACAAGUCACAGAUCAACAUGAUCAACUGAAGGAGAGAAGAAGUACUCUCCUUUCAGCUCUGCUUUGGUCUUCACCAACCCCUGAGGAAUGCAUCUGGCUCGUUCGUUGCUCCACCAGCUGGUUGCUAACUGUCUGCUGUCUCUCUGGUGAAGUUUACAGGUUUAUCAAAGUGUUUAGCAGAUAACAGCUGUGACUGCAGACUGGGUUAAAAUUAAAACGACGAGCUGAAAGAUUCUAAAAUGCUCUGCAGAGCUUCAGAGCAAAGGCAGGUGAUAAUGGUUAUUGCAGCUUUAAGAAUUAAGUUGUUUGUUGUGAUAUUUCAGUAUAUAAGUGCGUCUGAUUUCUGGCAAAGUGGUGUGCUAGUGCUCAGUUGACUCGGUGAGGGGCAUGCUUUGUAGCUUUAAACCUGCAAUACUUGAAUCUAAUUAUUUAUAUUUCAAAAUAUACUCAACCAUCGGUGAAUUGCUUAAUAUAUUUGAUAUAAUUAAUAUAUAUAUAAUUUUAUAUAUAUAUUAAUUA